GGCUCCGGCGAUGCGAUGACGACAAUGAUGACGGAGCGCACUUUUCGGCAGCGGCUCUUCUUCUUGCUCUUGAGCUUGUGCAUCCUCAAGGGGAACUGCAGGUAUAUCGAGGAUAACGACAUCCUAAAGGAUGAAUUCUACUCAUUCUUCAACUCAGAGCUGCGCAAGGAGACAGCGCAGGAGUUACUCAUGUACAGACGACCACUGCGUUGUGUGGACAUGGUUGCAGUUGAGGGUCGCUUCACCUUCACGGCUGAGCAUCCUCAGCUCAGCUGCGCCGUCUUCUUCAUGGCUGAGCCCGAUGAGGUCGUCAACAUCGAGUACGACGGCGUCGACAUCGACUGCCAGGCGGGAGACUUUAUCACGGUGUUUGACGGCUGGGUGAUGAAGGGCGAGAAGUUUCCCAGCUCGCAGGACCACCCGCUGUCCCUAAGCGAACGCUAUGUGGACUACUGCGAUUCCACCACUUCCACCAGGAGAAGCGUGCGCUCCUCACAGAAUGUGGCAAUGAUCUUUUUCCGCGUGCACAACGCCGGCAGCGGCUUCACGGUCACAUUCAGGAAAGUCGCCAACCCUUUCCCCUGCAAUGUCAUCUCACAAUCACCAGAGGGCGCGUUCACUCUGGUAAGCCCACAACAGCACAGCAACUGCAGCUUCUCCAUCGUCUACCCAGUAGAGGUGGACAUCUCAGAAUUUUCCAUCUUAGGACUCCGUGGCAACUUUCCGAAGUGGCCCACAUCGGGAUGUGCGAGCGACUCUGAGGACAUGGUGCAGGUUCUCGGGGGAAGCGGUCUAGACACGUCUAAGAUGCUGUCCCUAACAACGCUCUGCAGCUCAUCGGGCAGGCCCAGCCACGUGAAGGUGGGCUGCGACAACACGGUGGUGCGCAUGGUGUCCAGCGGACGCUACGUCAACAGGGUUUCCUUCAGCUACCGCCUCCUGGACAGCCAAGAGCUACAAAGGCUCAGAAUCAACAACGUGGAGGAUAUAUGCCCGGCCAACUGACCUCACUUGUCUGUCCAACCAAAAGACCAAACAUAAAUGAGAAUAUCAAUAAAGGCAAACUGUGUUAUGUAGAUUUUGGCUGCCCUCCACAAUCCGCAAUGAUUGUUGAUUAAAGUUGUCGCUGCUGCUUUUGUUGUGAUAUUCUUGCAAUGGACGGGUGCUGAAGUGAAUUUAUUGUUAGUGGUGUGAUAUUGAUGAAUAAAAAUUCAUUCCCAUUUGUAUACACAUGCUUUUUUUGUAAUAAAAUGACAUC